CAGGAGGGGGCAGGGCAGGGCCAUGGCGGGGGGAGAGCAGCCGGCCCAGGGCUCGGGCGCUGGGAUCUGGAGCUGGGAGAGGAACCAGCUCUGUCCCUGUCCAGCUCCGCCCCUCUCCGGCCGUGUCCAGCUCCGUCCCUGUCCAGCUCCAUCCGUGUCCGGCCGUGUCCAGCUCCGUCCCUCUCCGUCCCUGUCCAGCUCCAUCCCUGUCCAGCUCCGUCCCGGUCCGGCUCCGUCCCUCUCCGGCCGUGUCCAUCUCCGUCCUGUCCGGCCAUGUCCUUCGUGGAGCUGCUGGCCCGCCUGGGCGGCAUGGGCCGGUUCCAGGUGACCUACGUGGCGGCGCUGGCCGUGCCGCUGCUGAUGCUGGCCAGCCACAACCUGCUGCAGAACUUCACCGCCGGCGUCCCCGAGCACCACUGCCGGCCCCGGCCCGUGGCCAACGCCACCGCGGCCACCGCGGCCACCGGGGCCACCGCGGCCACCGGAGCCCCCGCGCCGCUGGCCGUGUCCAUCCCCCGCGAUGACCGGGGCCGGCCCCAGCGCUGCCGGCGCUUCGUGCAGCCCCAGUGGCACCUGCUGGACGCCAACGGCUCGCUGGCCAACGGCACGGCCGGCGGGGCGGCCACCGAGCCGUGCCACGACGGCUGGACCUACCUGGAGGGCACCUUCAGGGACACCAUCGUCAGCGAGUGGGACCUGGUGUGUGACUCCAAGAAGCUGCGGCAGGUGGCCCAGUCCAUCUACAUGGCCGGGAUCCUGCUGGGCUCCGGCCUCAUCGGGGUCCUGUCCGACAAGUUCGGGCGCCGCGCGCUGCUCACCUGGUGCUACCUGCAGCUGGGCGCGCUGGGCGUGGGCACGGCCGCCGCCCCCUCCCUGCCCGUGUACUGCGCCUGCCGCUUCCUCACCGGGCUGGCCAUGGCCGGCGUGUCCCUCAACUCCGCCUCCCUCUGCAUGGAGUGGAUCCCCACGGGGGCCCGGGCCGUGGUGGGCACCAUCAAUGGUUACUGCUACACCCUGGGCCAGUUCGUGCUGGCGGCCGCGGCGUUCGCGCUCCCGCACUGGCGGCAGCUGCAGCUCGCCGUGUCCCUGCCCUUCUUCGUCUUCUUCCUCUACUCCUGGCUGUACGUGGAGUCCGCGCGCUGGCAGGUGACCGCGGGCCGGCCGGACCUGGCGCUGCGGGGGCUCCGCAAGGUCGCGCGGGUGAACGGCAGGAAGGAGGAGGGGGACAAGCUCAGCGAGGAGGCGCUGCGGGCUCUGGCGCUCCGGGAGCCGCCGCUGCCGGGCGGGGCCGUGGCCGCGCUGGUCCGGACCCCCGGCAUGAGGACGGUGUCGUGCGGGGUCUCCUUCGUCUGGUUCUCCACCAGCUUCGCCUAUUACGGGCUGGCCAUGGACCUGCAGGGCUUUGGGUUCAACGUGUACCUGAGCCAGGUGGUGUUCGGGGCCGUGGACAUCCCGGCCAAGCUCCUCUCCGUGCUCGUCAUCUCCGCGCUCGGGCGGCGCCUGGCGCAGGGCGGGGCCCUGGCGCUCGCCGGGCUCUGCAUCCUCGCCAACAUCUUCGUGCCCGGCGAGCUGCCCGCGCUCCGCAUGGCUUUCGCCGUCAUCGGCAAAGGCGCCUUGGCCGCCUCCUUCAACUGCGCCUACAUCUUCACCGGGGAGCUCUUCCCCACCGUCAUCAGGCAGACGGGGAUGGGGCUGGGGGGCACCAUGGCCCGCGUGGGGGGGAUGGUGGCGCCCCUGGUUCGCCUCACGGCCGACGUGGCGCCGGCGCUGCCGCUCGUCAUCUACGGCGCCGCGCCCAUCGUGUCGGCGCUCGCCACGGCCGCGCUGCCCGAGACCCGGCACGCCGCGCUGCCCGAGACCGUGCGCGACGUCGAGAGGAGGGCGGGGCACCUCGAGGACGACGCCGUCGCCGUCCCCCUGAGCAGCACCAAGAGCAAGGACGGAGCCUGAGGGGGGUCGGGACCCCCCGGGGGGAAUUUGGGGCCCCCCUGGAGCCCCCCCAGCCCCUCCCCCCCAGAUUCAAUUAUUUAUUGAAUCCAAAUAAUUAAAUAAAUCAAUCCAAUUAUUUAUCCAAUCCCAAAUAAAACCUGGUGGGAAUUUUGGGAUUUCGGUCUGGGGGUGUCCCCACCCCCCCCCCCCAAAAAAGGGCUGAGCCAUGGGGGAUCCCCCCUCCCCCUCCCCCACCCCCCCGAGCUCGUUAAUUACAAAUUACAAACGAACUUUAAUUGC